AUGUCUGGACAGGUCGAAAACAUCCCCCUGCACACCCGCGAGCCCGGUGACGAGAUCACCGAGGCUGACCUGGCCAAGCUGCUGGCGGCAUCUGACCCUCUUACCUCUGCUGCCGUUGCUACUGCGGUCACCCAAGGGACUAGUACUAUUACCUUUAACCUCGAAGACUUGUUCGUCGAAUAUACGUACGAUGACGAGGAUGAAGAUGGUUUUGGUGACGAGGAUGGAGAUGACGAGGAGGGCGAGGAGGACGAUGACGGUAUGGAUGAAGUCUACUAUAAUGAGGCUACGGAUGGAUGGCUCGGGCUUGGUGGGCGAGUGUCUAGGAUGUAA